GCAGCCAAGACCAGAUCUACUGGCCCAAAAGCUCCAUCGAAGCCCAGUUUGCGUCAAAAACAAUCCCAGCACCAGCCCAGUAUCCAGCCCUUUUACCUAGCGGACUAGGGUUAGUAGCAGUUCCCGGGUCAACCAAACAAUGAUCGAAGCCAACCCUACCUUUACAUAAUACCAUUGUUCUUCUCCCUUCACUCACAGCUGCAUCGCAAUCCCCAGGAGCGGCGGCAAAAUCGGAGGGAGCAAUGGUCUUCUCGACACCUUACUCUACGUUUCCAUUCAGAUUUUUGAAGAAUAAAUCUCCCCAUUCGUUGUUUCUCAUCUAAUUAUAUGUAUGAAUUCAGGCAUCAGAAAAGAAAUUGAGCAACCCAAUGAGAGAGAUCAAGGUCCAAAAGCUCGUCCUCAACAUUUCAGUCGGUGAGAGUGGAGAUCGUCUCACCAGAGCAGCUAAGGUCUUGGAGCAACUCAGUGGCCAGACACCUGUUUUCUCCAAAGCAAGAUAUACUGUGAGGUCCUUUGGCAUCAGACGUAAUGAAAAGAUCGCAUGCUAUGUCACAGUCAGAGGUGACAAGGCAAUGCAGCUUCUUGAGAGUGGAUUGAAAGUCAAGGAAUAUGAAUUGCUAAGGAGGAACUUCAGUGACACUGGGUGCUUUGGUUUCGGUAUCCAGGAACACAUUGAUCUUGGGAUUAAGUAUGAUCCAUCAACAGGUAUUUAUGGAAUGGACUUCUUUGUUGUGCUAGAACGGCCUGGUUACCGAGUGGCACGUCGGCGUAGGUGCAAGGCUCGGGUAGGAAUCCAGCACAGGGUCACCAAGGAUGACGCCAUGAAGUGGUUCCAGGUCAAAUAUGAGGGUGUUAUCCUUAACAAAUCCUCCAACAUCCAAUCCUAAUUUGAAUUUGUGUUUCAGCUCUGUAAUAACUCUUUUGCUUUGUUCCAGCCAUCCUUUAAAUUCUACAACUUCAUGCUAUUCAUUUUUGGUAGAUCUCCUUGACUACAAGUUCUGCUAGGCGUAAUGAUAUUUGAGAAUGGGUAAUGCCAUUUGUAUCUUUUUAAUUUAAUUCACGGAGUUGAGUUUUAUUACGAAUGCAGUCAGUCAAUGCACUAUAUUGCAGGUAUAAAACCAAGGCUUUAACUA